CCCUACACUAGGCAUUCUGAAGUUAUUCUCUCCGAUGGAGACUUAUACGUCAUUCUUCUCGCUUCUCGGAACACAAUGCUCGCCGGCUUCCGCGUAUCCUCCCAAAUCUGUCGGGUCGCCUCGACGAUCUUUGCGAAGUUGAUCGAUGCAGAGUUUAGCAUGCAAGAUGAGUGCAAGGUCAUCUUCUUCCAUCUCUCCCCUGGGCAACCGAGGAUCCACAGCCGCGCCCUUCGAUGCAUACUUUCAGUCUUGCAUCACACCAACAUUGAUCAGUACAAGACACUCGAUGUCGAAGAGCUUCUACGAGUCUCGGAAACCAGCGUCUUCUUGAAGUGCAACAACGCGCUCGCGCCUUGGAUUGGUAUAUGGUGUCCAAAAGCCCUCCAGACCAUCAUCGAUAGCGGACAGCCAUCCGUUGUGGACCUUGGAAUGCUUUUGAAGUCAGCGGACAAUUUUGAGGCUCAAGACGAACUCGCCAAGCUGAGGCAGUAUGCUGUUUGCAACCUUUCGUUGAGGUUCCAAGACAUCUGGGCAGAAAACCUACCGCUCAUAAAUUUACAUGAGUGCAAAUCUCUCGAUGGGCUCAAGGAUGAUAUCAACAACCGCCUGGUACGAGCUUUCGCUCACAUUUGGUCUCUCGAGGGCCCCCUGAGCACCCAUAGCGAAGGAUAUCUCACCGCCAAACGGCUCUGUCUCAGCUGCGGACGGCAACACCCGUCCGACGCCAAGUUAUGCCACUCGUGUCGCAACUGGACACUGCACAAUGAUGUCUGUACGAAAAGCUCUCGUAUCGGAGAGUACUUCAAGCUUCUCGCGCGCCAGACGCUGUGGCCCUUCAAUAUUAUAGGACAGGAAGACACCACUCUCUCGGUGAUUGCUCAGCGCGUCAAAAAGUUGACGAGCAACAAACCGCAUAGUUGCAGUGGUGGUCUGGAAUGCCCCCUAAUUGUCCACCUUCACGCUCUACAAGGCCAUUUGAAGCGGAUCGUGGACGAUUGUGCUUGGAGCAGCACGUCGGAAACCCAGCAGAGGCAGGAACAUGUGGCCAUAACCGAUCCCAGGAAGAUCAGCACGGUGGAGGGUGGCGGUGCUAUGGCGGAGGUGGUGGUCGAGGAUCUUGAUGAGGACUAG